CGUAGAUUCCUAACCUCAAAUUGACGUUGUCGCACUUUGAUAUGUUGAUUGAUAGUGGAAAAUUUUCGUUUUCGUAUCACCGAGACUGUGUAUUUUGUGUCGCGAUUGUUAGUUUUUUUAUUUUUUAAGAAUUUUAGAAAACUUCUUUCGAUUACAAUUACUUCAUAAAAAUAUCAUUCAAUCACCAUGCAGACUAUCAAGUGUGUUGUCGUUGGAGAUGGUGCUGUAGGUAAAACCUGCCUCUUAAUAUCAUACACAACCAACAAAUUUCCAUCAGAAUAUGUGCCAACUGUAUUUGAUAACUAUGCAGUCACAGUAAUGAUCGGUGGGGAACCUUACACUUUAGGACUAUUUGAUACUGCAGGUCAAGAGGAUUAUGACAGAUUAAGGCCUCUUAGUUAUCCGCAGACAGAUGUUUUUCUAGUGUGUUUUUCAGUCGUGUCUCCCUCAUCAUUUGAAAAUGUCAAAGAAAAGUGGGUGCCAGAAAUUUCACAUCACUGUCCAAAAACACCAUUUCUUCUUGUUGGAACUCAAAUCGAUUUGAGAGAAGAUGCCGGAACCAUCGAAAAACUUGCGAAGAAUAAGCAGAAACCCAUAUCAUUCGAGCAGGGAGAGAAACUGACUAAAGAACUCAAAGCUGUAAAAUAUGUUGAAUGUUCAGCAUUAACACAGAAAGGAUUAAAGAAUGUUUUCGAUGAAGCAAUAUUGGCAGCGUUGGAACCUCCAGAACCUGUUAAGAAAAGAAAGUGUUGUAUACUUUGAUUUCACAUCUCAUUUUCAGUGUUGUGGACUUGUAACGAUCCGUCCCUCAUCAUGAUGAAAAUAGCAAUGACUCUAACUUACAAUGCAGCUUUUAUCAGUGUGUUAAAGCCCCAGUCCCAAGUAAAGAUUUUCUUGAAUCUGUUGCGGACAAUACCAAGGUGAAAGCAAACAAAAUUGUCAUGAAAAUAUUUCAGGGUUUUUUAAGUUUGAAAUUUUAGAGGAAACGACAAUUCUGUUUGAGAUUAUUUUGAAGCUAGAUUGGUUUUUUAAACUUAAAGUUUUCUAGUGUCAGUCAGUGAGCAAUUCUCUUUCACUGCUCUCAUGCCAAUAGAAUCAAUGCGCCAGUUCAUGGCCUUUAUCCUUUAUCAAUCUUGAGUCGUUCAUUAAACACAAUUGUCGAACUAAGUGACACCAUCAGUCUGUGAAGCAGAGGGUUGAAGUAAAAUUUCUGGCUGAAUCAGCACCAUGAGCAGGAUAAUGAGGAAUUUUUUAUGGAAGAAAGAAAACCAAAAAACUUAGUAAUUUGAGUGCUGUCGAUAAUCUCUCGAGAAAAAGGCAAAACCUACUACAGCCCUCCCUCCUUUACCUGAUUUUUCCUAUAUUAGACAUCAUCCAAGUGUUCCCACAAGAGACACCCAGCACUUUUUCCAACAGUCACCAGGCAAGGCUUUUUUCCCCACUAUCAAAUAUUUAAAAAAAAUUCUCUCAGCAGUUUAGUUUUUCUUUCUCUCUUUCCUUUUUAAAUCCUCUAAUCCAUUUUGAAAGCCAAUAUUUUACAUUAUCUUUCUGAAAAUUUGAGAGCAAAACAUAAGGAUUAAAAAGUAGCACUAUUUAUUAGAACGCACUAACAAUAAUCAAAUCCUGGAGGCACGAACAAUGAUAAAUAGAAGUUAAUUUAUACUGUAACUAUAACUAAAACUUCAUUGAAAACUUUAGUCAGCAAGCAAGCACCACUCUAGAGUUCUGGCCAAAUUACUCAACCAACGUCUAUAGUAAGACAAAGAUGUCUUCAUUGGAAUAUUGAAACUAGAUGCUAGAGUCAAAAUAGUAAAUUUCCAUUUUCUCUCAUAGAAGUAUGUCAACUUUUUUGGUUUGAACUCUAGCACGAAUUGCCUCAAGUAAAAACUUACACAAGUGUACUCUGGCAAUAUCUGAUCUUGCAGCCCAAUAGAUGAAGGUAGUUAAUUGCUUCAAAGAUAGAUUUGACAAUGAGAUCUGUUGAUUUUGUACAUUAAUUUCAGUCUUACCAUCAGAAACCAUGUUAACAAGCAAGUUUUUACCAUGAAACUGAGCAGAAUUCAUAGCAUGUAAAAUCUACCUAUCUCUUCUUUUUUUCUUAAUUAAGUCGUAUUUUAAACUUUAUUUUUUUCAUCUAGGCACUUUUCCGUGUAUUUUCUUGCGUUUUGGAGUUUUAUGAAAUUAUAUCUGCAAUCAUUUUAACCUUACUUUUUUCUUCUGUUUUUUAUUUGGCUUUUUGAGUAGGGAGAAUCUUUUACUGCUUUGACUUUCUUUCUUUGUGUUUCUGUAGAAGUACACUCCAAGAUUAUCUUUUGUUUUUUAAAUUUAAAUUUUAUCCAUUUUUAAGUUGUAUUUUGGCCGCAUACAAUCAACUUUCUUCAUUUGAACAUAAAAAUACACUUGUGCACAACUGAGAUAGGUUUAUUUGUAAUUAGUUUCGGAAUCCCUCUUUGAAAGAAAUAUUUGUAUGCACAGCAACUUUUUUCAUACUAAUAUCACCUAUAUCCUCAGGACCUAUCAAUGUUCAAGCUUAAAAUUUUUGUUUUUGAACAUUGAUCUCCUUUCUUUUUCGGGAAAAACCCGUAUAAUGUAUUAUUCAACAUCACUGUUCAGCAUACAGACCAGGAAAAGGUUCAUGUGCAACCAUCCACAGAAAAAGGACCUCAGUCUAUGUAGACCGAAUGUUCAACGCAGCAAUUUUUGUCGUCGAAAAGAGAAUUUGGAAUUUGACAGAAAUCCGAUUUUGAUAGAUUUUCCCUCCAUAACUCCAAAAGAAUCAAUUUUGAGCGGGGUAUUUCAUUUUUAUGCAAAUGGAGGGUGUAAAGAUGCAUCAUAAUCCAGCAAUUUUGGGCUGCAAACAAGAGAAAUUAGAAUCUUGAACGACUUCUCAAAACUUUGUUUUUGGAAUAGCAAACUUCAAAUUAGCACAACUGUGGUUCGAUUUGACUAUUGUGGGCAUUUUUGAUCCAAAAAAUUCAUAGGAAACUCCUUUAGCCUCUGAAACUCAUCAGUAAUUCAACAUUAGAUAUUUUUUUCUCCUGACUAAAGUCCUUGCCCCUGUGGACGGUCACAUAUUAAUGUAGCUAAAUUUUGUUCUUAUCCUUUUUAUUUUUUUUCCCUCCUCUCUGAUUAUUUUGAUUUUUUUUCAUUCUCUUUUGAAGCCAUAAUUAUCUCAAAAAAAUCAAAUUUAGUUUACAGAAAACUCCUUUUCACCUGUGUGAAGAGUUAAGAUGGUUUUUGUAACGCCUCAAAUCGGCUAUUUUCAUUUUAAUUUUUUUACUGCUAGAGUUUAACUGUGUUAAACAAUAUUUGAUGAGACCAACUUCCUCAUAUUUCAAACAAAGAACACACUUUUGUACGUAUUUGUAAAUAGAUCUAAUUCUAAAGGGCCAUACAUAUGUUAAGUAACAAAACAUUGAAUCUAUGUAACAAUCAUUGCAUCCUGAUUGACUAUUCUCUACUUUCCUUAAAGCAACAUUUUUCCCUUCACCAAACAAAUCUGUAUUGGUUAAACUAAACUAAAUCUCCCAUGUCAACCUCCUCUAAGAAGAAAUUGUGGCUGAAAGGAGUCAAGAAAGCAGGGUUUACCAGAAACUUGGUCCUAAAUAAUUUGAAUCUCUUCCCUCAAUUAUAAAAUGAGCCAUUGGAAGAAGAACCCCACUUCAUCAUAUUCCUUGGUAAAUGUGAAAUUUUGUCAGGCACAUUGUCCUGCAGCUCAAGAGGACUGAUUUGUGGAACGAAUUUUGCCAAUUUUAGAACUUUAGGUAAUGAUUUUGAAAUGCAUUAUCCUUAUCCUUGUAGAUAGCCUAAUUUCAACAAGUUGGUAGAAUCUUAUCUUGCGUUGGAGGAUUUUCCUAACAGCUCUUUUAGAAGGACUUAGGUCCGUUCCCCUUUAAACCCUGCUUUUCAGAGACCUUAAAAUCACAAAUUUCCCUUGAAACGACCAUGGCAUGGAUGGUUUAGAUCACUCUAUAGAGCUCAAUUAUUUACACUUAAAUCUGAAUCUAAAAAAACGAACCUAAUCAGUAUAGUUAAUUUUUAUUAUAUAUUUUCCGACACAUUUUUUAAUUUUUUUUCUUUUUUUGAAUUUCAUCUCUUCAUCAACAUGAUUUUGAUAGAAAAUAUUUUUAAAACUCAAAUUUAAUAAGUCUCCUUUUGCUCUUCAGUUUUUAAAAACUGUGUGUCAUACUUAAGUAAAUGAUUUUUUCACCUAAUAGUUUUAAAAUGAAGACUUUACAAAAUCACAUUUUAAAUGGGUGAUUUGCGUAAGUACAUUAAUAUAUAAGUUUUUUAAUUUCACUUAAAAAGGAGCUUUGAAGAAAUAAAUCAACAGGUAUCUACUUUUUAAUAUUUUAGAAAUCUAAUAAAAGAAUGUUUGUAUUUUGAAAAACUACUUCUGUUCCCUUUUUUCAUGUUUAGAACAUACAGGCAAUUUUUCGGUACUUUUUUAUUCGCCUACCCUACAUACCCUCUGAUUUUUGUACUUUAAUGCAUUUAAUCUCUCUAUUUAUUUAUUGCAUUGUAUGUAUUUAAAAAUGUAUUAAAUUAUUUUUGUACCAAACUAA